AAUGACAAGUCCUCCGACAAUCAUCACAAGGCAGGAGGCUGCACAUCACGUGACCAGGGAUCCAACUGGAAGGGCCUGUCACGCACAUAGAAACAGAACUAAUAUUAGGAUUGUAGGCAGGGACAUCUCUGCUUAUAGUCGGACGCUGCACAACAAUUCAACUCUUACGGCGACUGGGUCAGUAUAUGAAUUUGGAAACAAAAACCCUUAAUUUGGGAGGUCGGCCUAGAUGUCCAGCAAGAUCAGCGCAACAUCACAUGAUCACCAUACAUUGUGGUUGUAGCAGCAGGAAGAUAAUUAAUCUGAAGUAAAGGGUUGGGGCUGACCCCUAAAUUGUACGUAAGACCAGAGAGCACUGUGGUCGUUCGAAUCUGGCUAUCGUUGACGCCGCUUUUGGAGGCAUCUUCUUGCCCUUUGCUUUCACGCGUCAUAAUGAUAAAUCAACCUCAACCCAUGGCAUCUCAAACCCCAAGCAUGGCUGGGAAAACAUUUCCAGAUUCUUUUGUUAUACAAUCAAUAUCCGAACAUACCCACACCGCCAUACUCCUUCACGGUCUUGGAAGCAAGGGCGAAACAUUCGGAAGGGAGCUGCUGCGCUCCGGUGUCUCAUCUAGCGGUCAAAGCCUCGCCGACUCAUUUCCUGGGAUGAGGUUUGUUUUUCCUACCGCUCAAAAACGGCGAUCAUCAGCAUUCAAACGGGCGACAAUAAGCCAAUGGUUCGAUAUAGCAUCUUUACAUGAUCCAUCCAAACGCAGAGAGCUGCAGAUUGACGGUCUCACCGAGUCAGCGAAGCAUAUUUGGUCGAUCUUGAGACAAGAAGCGGAUACGGUCCCUCUUCAAAACAUUAUUUUAGGGGGCUUGAGCCAAGGCUGUGCCAUGGCACUAUUUGUAUUAUUGAGCUUGGAUUUUUCCAUUGGGUGCUUCAUCGGUCUCAGCGGUUGGCUUCCGUUCUGUAAGGACAUGAUGGAGCUUGUCAGCUACGAUGGUCCCAGCAGUGAAAAUGAGGAAGAUGAAGUUCCUGUGUUUGUUGAAGACAGUGACAAUGACGGGAACGACGAAAGCCCGCCCAUUCAGGUCAUUAAUCUCGUGAGGGAUAUCGUAUCUAUGGGUAAAAUCGACACCAAGCGUUCAAGUCAUAAUCGCCAGAACUCAAGCCUCGCAACCCCAGUAUUCCUUGGACAUGGGAGGGAAGACCUGAAAAUAAAUUGCAGCCUUGGAGAGGAAGCUGCUAAUGCUCUCACAGAAUUGGGUAUGGAUGUUACGUGGCGCCUCUAUUCAAAGCUUGGCCACUGGUACAAGAUUCCGGAUGAGAUCGAUGAUAUUGUGGAUUUCCUCGCGGGGAAACUAACUAUAAUCAAAGCGAACUUGGGGCGUAUUCAAACUUGUGAGCCAAGCCUUCUGUAAGGCUAUGUGACUUCUAUCGAUCACGAAGAACGCGGCAGAACAUCUAUGAAGAAGACUAGCAAUGCCUAGCAGAGCGUUGAUAAGCUGCUCAACCUUCGAGGUUAGUGACAAGAUAGCCGCCACCUUUACUGGUCAAACUUGGAUAGAGGCCGAAAAGUUCUGUGUUUCACCAAUUAAUCUAUGCACAGUUUUAUA